AGGCUGUGUAAGACUCAACACCUGAAAAAAUGGCAUUGGCAGCAAUUGAUCCACAGCAGAACAUUGUAUCAAGGGUUGUCAACCUUCCCUUGGUGAGCUCCACCUAUGAUAUGGUGUCGACAGCUUACAUCACCACAAAGGAUAACCACCCUUACCUGAAGUCAGUAUGUGAGAUAGCAGAGAAAGGAGUGAAGACAAUUACUUCGGUAGCCAUGACAAGUGCUAUGCCUAUCAUCCAGAAACUGGAACCACAAAUUGUAGUUGCCAACAACUAUGCAUGUAUAGGUCUAGACAAAAUUGAAGAGAGACUGCCUAUACUGAAUCAACCCACUGACAAGGUUGUCGCCAAUGCCAAGGAUGUAGUUGUUGGAGCCAGAGAAGCUGUAACAACCACUGUGACUGGUGCCAAGGAAACUGUUGCUCACACAAUCACUGGCGUUGUGGGCAAGACUAGAGAAGCAAUGCAAGACAGCGUAGAAAUGACCAAAUCAGUUGUCAAUGGCAGCAUUAACACUGUCCUGGGAAGUCGUGUGGUGCAAAUGGUGAGCAGUGGAGUGGACAGUGCUCUCACUAAAUCAGAGACCCUUGUAGACCAGUAUCUCCCACUUACAGAAGCAGAACUAGAGAAAGAAGCUGCAAAAGUUGAAGGUUUUGAAGUUGGAGUUCAAAAGCCAAGCUACUACGUUAGACUAGGAUCCCUGUCUUCAAAGGUCCGCACACGUGCCUACCAGCAAGCCUUAAACAAAGUUAGAGAUGCUAAACAGAAAAGCCAGGAGACAAUUUCUCAGCUCCACCACACUGUUAGUCUGAUCGAGUAUGCCAGAAAGAACAUGAAUAGUGCCAAUCAGAAACUUCUUGAUGCUCAGGAAAAGUUUUAUCAAUCCUGGGUAGAAUGGAAGAAAAAUACAGGCCAAAAUGAUGGUGAUGAACCACAUAGCACUGAGCACAUUGAGUCAAGAACUCUGGCUAUUGCACGGAGCCUCACUCAGCAGCUUCAGACCACCUGCCUCACCCUGGUCUCAAGCCUACAGGGGCUGCCACAGAAUGUGCAGAAUCAGGUUUACAGUGUUGGGUCAAUGGCAGGUGAUGUAUACCAGAGCUUUUGGUCAGCAUCCUCCUUCCAGGAAUUAUCAGACAGCUUUCUUACCACUAGCAAAGGACAGCUGAAGAAAAUGAAGGAGUCUCUGGAUGAUGUGAUGGAUUAUCUUGUUAACAACACGCCACUCAACUGGCUGGUUCCAGAUUUCACUAUUACAGACCUGUCUUCAGAGUCAGAUGAUAUCCCAGACAUUUUGGAUUUGGAUGAAGAUGAUCAACAAGACUUUUCACGCACAAAUGGCCCCUACACUACGGGGCAAAGAGCUGAAUAAAGAGAAGCAUAACAAUGUCUUUUUGAUACAAUGUACUUUUGCCAUGUUUAACUUAUAUUUCUCCUUUUUAAAGAUGAACCUGCCUAGCUUAGUGAUUUUGGGGAUAUUUUUUUUAAUCACUGCUGUUUCACUUAGCUGCAUCAAAAUGCUGUUUUCUUUCCACCUAAGGAAUGCAUGCUGCAUUGAUUCAUUAGCAUGGGUGUUAAGCUCCCAUUCUACAAGCCAGGUGUAUCCAAUUGAUCAAAUCUUUGUCAAUGUUCUGCUGGCAGCAGCCAUAAGAACACUCCAGUGCUUUGCAUAAAGGGCUGCCAACAAAAGGAGUGGAUGAGGAUUUGCCCACAAAGUUUUCCCUUUCAGUCUACAAGAAAAAGCACUUCUGCAUCUACCUCUUUGCUGCUGG